AUGGCGACGGCCGGGUGGUGGUGGUGCACUGCUGUCUUGCUGGAGCAGGAGCUUCUCGGGAUCGGCUGCAACUUUGACGGCGCACGGACGGCCAUGUCACGUGCAGGCCCAAAAACACACCCGCGCAUGCAAUGCGACCAAGUCAAGCAGAUGUACCAAUAUCGUGUUCCCUUGAGCCAUGUGCCUGCGUGUGAGCAGUCAUCCGUCGCCAUGCAAAACGGCAAGUGA